UUUGCUCCGUCGAGAGGCACAGAUCCGACGAUCGCUGACGUACGGGAAUGCGUUUGCAUUUCUAUGGGAGCUCGUAGCUGAAUGAUGAGUGAGUUGUGGUAGCUGGAGCCUGGUAGGAGGGAGAGAGGGGAUCUGUUUUGUUUCGGAGCGAGGCCGGCCGAGAGAGUGAGAGGAGGGAGGAGACAGGGAGGACCCAGCAGCCCUCACUCCACUCUCAGCUCUCACUCACUCACACUCUGUGCUCUGCCUCUGCGCACCAUUCACUCAGCUCCAUUUCUUCCUCUGCUCCGCCCUUCUCAUUCCACACUGUCCACUCCAUCCCCAACGUCUCCAUCUACAUUGCCGCACCUCAUCGUCUACCUUAGCUGUCUGCAGCUGAGAUCGACCCACAGCACAGUCAAUGGAGGCGAGCGGCGGCGGGGACGACAAGUGGAAGCUGUCCAAGAAGGGCAAGAGCAGAUCGGGCAGGAACUACUACUACGCCGACGCCGCCGGAGCCAGCACCAGCACAGGAGGCGGAGGGCUCAGCCGGAGCUACUCGGCCAGCGUCACCGCCACCAGGGACGGAGCCACAGCCAGCAGCAGCAGCUCGGAGCAGCAGCGGCAGGAGCAGGAGACGAGGAGGCGGCUGUCCAAGAAGUGCGUGGAGGCGGUCAAGGAGCACCGCGCCCGCUUCUACAUCGUCCGCCGCUGCGUCUCCAUGCUCGUCUGCUGGCGCGACUACUAGCUUGCCGCCGUCUCCGGCCACAUUCUUUCAAUUGCUUGCUCCUCCUGUUGCUCUAGCUACCGGCGUACAUUUCCUCCUCUGUUUUUCCUCUUUCAUUUUGUCCUUAAAGCCCAGCUCUUGAUGAUCUAUAUAUAAUCUUAGCUUCUUCUUUCUUAAUCCCUUCCUGGUUUUUCUUCUUCAUUUUUUUUCCCACUGUGAUUCGAGUAUGUACAUACGCCUGCCAUGGUAAGCUGGUGAUCCCCUUCUCAUAGUCCUUCCCCUCCUAGCUGCUGCUUUGAUGUAGAGCUUGGUACUUGUGCUACCUGGUGUUUUGAUUUUUAGGGAGAUUCAUCCAAGUGCAAGCAACAUCUUGUUUUCUUCUGUAAA